GUGAGCAGCUCUUUAAUCCCACGCACCUGCUCCUCAUGCUGCAUCCAUUCCGUGUUUUCCAUCAGUCUCAGCCGAGGCGCUAGUAUCCAGCAUUAUGUGGACAAAACGAUUUAACAGGGCACAUUAACUGCAGAAAACAGUGUGGAUGGCACGAGAUGCGAGAUGCUCGUGGAUCAGCGUGGAUCAACGAUGAGCGUCACAUAGCAGCAGGACAUGAAAGAGCGUUUAUUAUGAGCACUGCGCUUGCUGUGGAUGAAUCCGGCUGGAGAUGAUGUUGCGUCUGCGGAGUCUCGUAGCUGAAGUCGAGGGAUCUUGCAUACUUCUGCUCAUCCAGGAAUAACACACACGUUAAAUCUGACCUCACUAAACAUCUUCUGACAUUGUUUCCAGCAAAGGACAGCUGUGUAUGUCAGCGAAGAGCUCUUAGAUUUGACUGACAGAUGUCUUAUGAUGAAUGACUGCAGUUUAGGACCCUUUGCUGUGACUCUUUGAAGUAUGUAAAUAUAUUUCCCAUGAAGAUUUUAUUUAUAAGAACAUGUGAAUACGGAUGAAAGCGCACAGGAGGACUCUAUAUUCAAGUGCAGGAUGCAUUCUACCAAUCAAAAAUGAUGCGAUUCGCUGGAUUCCGAACACCAAAAUCUUUCAUGGCCUUUGUGAUGAGAAGAUGGAAAAUCUUACUGGUGCUGAAUGUGUUUACGAUGGCCGGCUUCAUCACUUUUUGGGGCAAGUGCAAUUUACGCACAACCAAAGCUGUUGGUCAACAGGCGGUGGCUGCUGAUGUGAGAGGGCAGACGCAUCUGAAUGGAUCUAUUCAGGAGACCAGCAUCACUCAUGAUGUGCUCUUAAGGAGACUUGGAUCACUGGAAGAUGUGGUGUACAGACAACUAAAUGGUUUGUCGAAGUCUCUUGGACUCAUUGAAGGUUUUGGAGGUCGGGGUGGAGGAGGUCUACCAGCAACACUUACACCAGAGGAAGAGAAGGAGGCCAAAUACCUGAGGGAGAAAUAUGGCUACAAUGCAUUUCUGAGUGACAAAAUCUCUCUGGAUAGAUCUAUUCCAGAUUAUCGACCCAGCAAAUGCAAAAAGGCAUUUUAUUCCCGUGACCUGCCACAGAUCUCCAUCAUUUUCAUCUUUGUAAAUGAGGCGUUGUCUGUCAUCCUGCGUUCAGUCCAUUCAGCUGUCAACCACACACCAGCUCAUCUCCUAAAGGAAAUCAUCUUGGUGGAUGACAACAGUGAUGACGUACAACUGAAAGGGCCGCUGGAGGAGUAUGUCAACAAGCGCUACCCGGGUCUUAUCAAAAUAGUGCGCAAUCAGAAGAGAGAGGGCCUCAUCCGGGCUCGCAUCGAGGGCUGGAAAGUGGCCACUGGGGAGGUGACUGGCUUCUUUGAUGCCCAUGUUGAGUUCACGCCUGCAUGGGCUGAACCAGUUCUGUCUAGAAUCAAGGAGAACCGCAAGAGGAUCUUACUGCCCUCCAUAGAUAACAUUAAAGACGAGACGUUUGAGCUGGAACGCUAUGAAAACUCAGGCCAUGGUUAUAACUGGGAGCUCUGGUGUAUGUAUAUCAGCCCACCAAAACAGUGGUGGGAUGAAGGAGACACUUCUGCACCUAUUAGGACUCCUGCAAUGAUAGGCUGCUCUUUUGUGGUAAACCGGGAAUACUUUGGGGAGUUGGGUCUACUGGACGCAGGGAUGGACGUGUAUGGAGGCGAAAAUAUAGAGCUGGGAAUCAGGGUUUGGCUGUGUGGGGGAAGCAUGGAAGUUCUGCCUUGUUCCAGAGUGGCCCAUAUUGCAAGAACAAAAAAGCCCUACCACAGUAACAUCGCCUUCCACACUAGGCGCAAUGCUCUGAGGGUGGCAGAAGUUUGGAUGGACCAGUACAAAUCAAAUGUCUAUUUGGCAUGGAACCUCCCAAUGAAGAACCAUGGCAUUGACUACGGAGACAUAUCCCAGAGACUUGCGCUCAGGAAAAGACUCCAGUGCAAAAACUUUGAGUGGUACCUCGACAAUAUCUAUCCAGAGAUGAGGAGAUACAACAACACUCUCUUUUAUGGAGAGAUACGCAACACCAAUGUGACCCAUCUGUGUGUGGACCAGGGCAUAAAGGAAAACCACACAGCAACUCUGCACCCCUGCCAUGGCUGGGGCCCUCAGCUGGGCCGCUACACUAAGGAGGGUUAUCUCUUCCUGGGUCCUCUGGGAAGCACUGGCGAAGAUACGCGGUGUGUGGUGGACGAUAAAAUCAGCGGCUACCCACAGCUCCUGAAUUGUGAGAAAGUCUCAAGCGUAAGCCAGAAAACGUGGCACUUUGCACAGAAUGAAGCAUUCAUCAACCGAGCUACAGGACGCUGUCUUGAGAUAGUGCCGGCUAAUGUCUACUUCGGCUAUGCUCUGAUCCUGCGUUCCUGCACUGGUCAGAAGUGGAACAUCAAGAAUUUGAUGAAACAGGACUGAGGGCAGUGAGUCAGCGAUCUUAGAAAGUUGGGAAUCUCUACGGCAUUCGUGAAACUUUAGAGUUUUGAGGAACUUAAGGGGUGCUGAUCAUGUUUGCGUGUUUUGGGUUUUUGGUCUUACUACAUUACACAUUACAAAAAAUAAGACACUCGAAGCACCACCAUACAGUAGGUUCCUCAGAUUUCCACAUUCUGGAAAACCUCUAGACAUCCCUUCAACAAUGACAGUUCAUUGAGCAACAUUGGAUUUCAUAAGUUAUUGCAAGAACUGUAAGGAACAUCAAUGGUUCCUCCAGUAAACUUGCUGCAAUUAAAGAUUUUGAAGCACAUAAACUGUUGAAGUUCCUUAGGUGUGCAGCAUUUUCAACCAUAGUUUCAACAAUGAGAGCAAUCAAGUCUUAGUGCUGAAACCAAAAUGACAAUUAAAUGUUGUAGAUGAUCAACUGCUGCAUUGCAAAUACUCUGUACAUCACUGUAUGCAUAAUUUAAAGGAUUAGUUCACUUCCAGAAGAAAAAAAUUCCUGAUAAUUUACUCACACCCAUAUGAUCCAAGAUGUUCAAGUCUUUCUGAAAAAUAAUUAAUUUUUUCUGGAUUUUUCUCCAUAUAGUGGACCAAUGGGUUGAAGGUCCACAUGAAUAAUUGUCUUGUACUAGAUCUACCUCACGCAUUACGGAAUAAGGCAUGCACGACAUAGGCAGAAGAACUGACACAGGGUGUGUUCCAAUCCACUUUUAGACAUGCUGCCAUUUUGAAAUGCAUACCCACUUCAUGAAGUAAAUGAGCAUAGUUAUGGACAGCCCCUCUACCCCUCGAUCUAGACUGAGGGAGCAAGUCUGUUUCAUAUGCACACUUCUGGCCGCUCCAUAGACCAAAAUGCAAACGAUAUGACACAGAUUGCAUUUGAUUCAUCCCCACCCCAAACAACACUAUAAUAUUUAAAUUAUUAUUAUUAUUUUUAGAACAGCUAAUAAGAGUACCUAAAUAUGUAUAGAAUGCUGCACCAAACAAAAUUAUAAAUUAUAAAGGGAAAAAUAUAAACAAUAAAGCAACUCCAUCACAGAUUCUAAGUGAUCAAGCUUAAGACGUUCCAAUUCAGCCCAUUCCAAGGGUCCCGCCAGUAGUGUUUACUCAUGCAAUGUAAUCAAUCACUUACAUCUGAGUAAAGGAGACAGAGGGAGGUUUGCAAGUGAAGGGCAUAAAAAAUGGACUGGAACACAGCCCAUGUUUACAAAGCGAAUGUGUAAAGAAAGUCAAAUGGCCUUUACAAAAAAAAAAAAGGUAAAACUAAUGUUGGACAAUUCUGAAGUUGCUAAAACAACAAUAUCAGACUAUGGAGCCCCGCACAUGACACUCAGGAGAAAAUAUAAGGCUAAAUCGUGUGCAAGAUUUACUAAUUCGUUCCCUCAAUGUACUAAAAUGUGCACACAAUUAGGCUACAAUAGCAUUCCCUCGAUUUAUAAAUUGUGCGCACGAUUUACUAAUUCGUUUAUACUAUAAAUAUAUAAUUGUUGUUAUUUUUUUUUUAGAAAAUGACCAAUCGUUUGGUAAAGACCCUUAUUCCUCUUCUGGGAUUGUGUAGAACCCUGUGAAGCUGCAUUCAGACUGCAAUUUGGACCUUCAACCCAUUGGCCACCAUCAAAGUCUACUAUAUGGAGAAAAAUCCUAGAAUGUUUGUCUUAAUUAAAAACAACCUUCAUUUAUUUGUGACUGAUCACAAGGGGGUGACUAAAUGAUCAGGAAAGUUUUAUUCUGGAAGUGAACUUAAUCCUUUAAAUCUAUUCUUUAAAUUAUACACCUGCAGAUUUACGUAACAUCCGGAAAAACAUGCUCAUAACGGCUUUAUUUAGACUUAAUUUGUAGUAAUGUUGAGUUGUGCUAUCUGUAUUUCUUCUUACAUUCUCUUAUGUUAGGUUUUCACUGUCAGCGCCUAUGGGUCCCAGUGUCUUCUGUUUAAAUAAGCUUUGGAAAUAUGUUAUUUAUUGCAUUUAAUUUUUCUUUGUACCGUAGCCCAUUAUGAUACGUGUGCAGUUUAACAGUAACUAUGGUAACUGAGCUCUAUCUGCUGUUGAAUGGAUCCUGUAGUAGCCUAGUCAUACUGUUACUUUGAACCACACUAUAGCAACAAGGCCAGUAUGUAGGCGAUAGGAAUAUGGGAAAAAUGAUCGUCAGGGAUUGUCGACCGAGUUACAUAAGGACACGUUACACGAGUCAUAAACUGUACAUGCAACUACAGUUUCCUCGGAUGUUUUUGCACCCAUACCGUCUUCCAUUUUGACUAGGGCUGAUUUGAAUAAAAUGGUGAACUGCUG